AUGUCACAACUAAAUAUUAAGAAAGCAGUACAAUAUCCAUACCUAGCGGCGAUCAAACCACAAAAAAAAAUGUCAGAUAUUAAAGAAUCGAUUGACUGGUUCGAAGAAAAAAUUGAUGAAGGAUAUUUCAAUUAUUAUGAGUAUUUGCACUUCAAGAAUGUACAGCCAAUAGGAAAUGGUUCGUUUGGAAAUGUAAUGCGUGCAAAUUGGAAAAGUAAUGAUCGCCUUUUCGCUUUGAAAUUUUUUAAAAUGAUAAAAUUACAAUUAGAGAAGUUAUAA